GCUGUCGCAAGCAAUGGAUCUGUCCAUGCAAGUACAGGACCCUUCCUUGAAAACUCUUCCCUACCGAUUCAGUGUAAUGCGGGGUACAUUCCUGCGAUGUACAACGGGAUAAAUGCGUUAGUAUGUCAGGCGGACGGAUCCUGGAAAACCAUCGGGGGAUGUAAACCUGAAUUGUGCCAAAAAGAAGAUGCUAUCGCAAGCAAUGGAUCUGUCCUUGCAAGUACAGGACCCUUCCUUGAAGGCUCUUCCCUACCGAUUCAGUGUAAUGCGGGGUAUAUUCCUGCGAAUUGCAACGGAUUGAACGCGUUAGUUUGUCAGGCGGACGGAUCCUGGAAAACCAUCGGAGGGUGUAAACCUGAAUCACCCCUCACCUGCGGAGAUGGUCCAUGCACAACCACUGUAGAGAGUGGUGGUGUGCUCUGGAGACUUUGUCACGGCGAAGCACCUGGCAAGUGUCAUCCAAACAAAGGCCGUUUGGAAGUCAACCAUAAGGGAGAAUGGCGUGGUGUGUGUGACGACCAAUGGUUAAGCACUGUUUAUGUUGCAGCAAAUAAACAUGUCGCAUGCAGAACGUUAGGCUUUAGCCAUGGUGUCACAGCACGGGAAUUUGCAACAGACGACAUGACCAUUGUUGACAUUGGCUUCUGGCUCGAUGAAGUAAAAUGUGCCGGUAACGAGUCCAGCCUCGUCGAGUGCGACUAUCCGGGCUUGGGAGAUGAAGAUUGCUCAACAAAAAAUAUGGAAACAAACCCAGAGUACAUCGGAAUCUCAUGCACCAAUUACUGCAUCGACGCUUCACUGUUCCCUGUAUUCUGAGACCUGUGGCAAAUAGGUCACAUUUUUAAAACAAACCGUGCUUCAUAUAAAGCCAAUCAUAUCUAUUAUUGAAACGUUCUCUUUUCAAUUGAACACAUUGUUUGUUUUGUAAUACUCUCAAUGGUAUAACAUGUGUUUGCGUCAAAAUGUCAGCGAAUAUACCCAAUUAACAUUGUGUUGUGGUUUCAUGAUGCUAUAUUUUUUAAAUAAGAAAAAUAUUCAAUAAAUAAUGCAACUUGGUGAAUUCAAUUUCUUGGUUUUAAAAAUGCAAAUAUUUUAUUUUAGAAACGCUGCAAUCACAACAAAGCCACAAUACAUUUUUAUUGGGAAGUUCUUUGACACAAAACUGAUUUGUAAAUUUCCCUCAAAUUCUAAUUACACAUUUACAUGUUAAAACAUAUGUAUGUGUUAUGCUUGCUAAAUAUUGAACCUCAAAACAAAAUAAACA